CGGUCCAGGUAGAGAUCUUGCAACCCAAAGAAGAUGUUAAGACGCAGCCGACUGCAUGCCAAGAAGCAGCAGCUGCUGUCGCAUCAGGAAGAGUCUCCGCAAGAACUGCAGGCACCAGAGCGUCUCUGGACCAGAAAAAGGAAAGCGUCAGAGGAGACUAAGAACACAGAAGACUGGAAAAUUGCUAAAAAGCAUCAAUAUGAGAUUAAGAGUUGUUGGCCACCCACGAUAACAGGAGGCAUCUCGCCUUGCACAAUUAUUGAAACGCCUCACAAAGAGUCAGUAACCACUGACUUCUCAAGAUUCAGAAAGUACAGAUUCAGAAACCUCUUCAUAAAUCCAUCACCUUUGCCAGAACUUAAUUGGGGAAAUUCCAAAGAUGUCUGGCUGAUCAUGCUGGAGAAGGAGGACAGAUACACUCACUGCAAACAUUUCACGUCACUGCAUCCUAGUUUGCAACCUCACAUGAGAUCAAUUCUGUUAGACUGGCUCUUAGAGGUAUGUGAGGUGUAUGCACUCCACAGGGAAACCUUCUACCUAGCUCAAGACUUUUUUGAUAGAUUCAUGUUGACACAAAAGAACAUUAACAAGAGCAUGCUUCAGCUCAUAGGAAUUACCUCAUUAUUCAUUGCCUCCAAACUUGAGGAAAUCUACCCUCCUAAAAUACAGGAAUUUGCAUAUGUCACUGAUGGUGCUUGCAGUGAAGAUGACAUUGUAAGAAUGGAAGUUGUUAUGUUAAAGGCUUUCAACUGGGAACUCUGUCCAGUGACUGCCGUUGCUUGGCUGAACCUCUAUCUGCAAGUGGAUGCUCUGAAGGAUGUGCCGAAAGUGCUGCUACCUCAGUAUUCUCAGGAAAAGUUCAUUCAGAUCGCACAGCUCUUAGACCUGUGUAUUCUGGAUGUGAAUUCUUUGGACUUCCAGUACAGAACACUAGCUGCUGCAGCGCUCUACCACUAUACCUCCACUGAAGCAGUUCAGAAAGCUUCAGGCUUAGACUGGGACAGCAUUUCAGAGUGUGUAGAAUGGAUGGCUCCCUUCGUGAGUGUGGCAAAAAAAGUCCCAGUGAAGCUGAAGAACUUUCAGAAGGUUGCAGCAGAAGAUCGACACAAUAUCCAGACACACACAAAUUACUUGGAGAUGCUGGAAGAAGUUAACAGUGGAGCAGCAUCUACUGCCCCUGGUCAGCUCUCACCCAUGUCAACAGGAGGAAUAAUAACCCCUCCCAAAAGUACAGAGAAGAAAUGA